GAAUUCCUACCCUCAGGGAUGGUAAGUUUAUUUCUGAAUGGAAUCAAUACACCAGUGAAUUGGCCACAACGCCAAUGGAUCCAAAUUUGUGGUGCCAACGUGCUUUAGUAUGCCUCCAAGAAGGUUAUCCGGAAAUUGCCCUUAUUGAUGCGAAAAGAGUUUUACUGUUAUGUAAAGAUAACAUCAAAUUACAGCAAAUAAGUUACAAGGGACAAUAUUAUUAUGCCGAAGCUUUACGUGCUUUAGGCCUUCCUGGGAUUUCUGCCUCAGAAUAUGAAAAGUUAAAAGAUCUUUCGGAAAGUUUUGAUAAGACAAAAAAGGAAGAACUUCAGAAAUUAGCAUUAAAAUUGAGGCAAAUAGAUAAUAUUCGAAUUCAGGUAUCACCAGAUGAGGUGGCAGAACCAAAAAAUAAAUUAUUGCUCGAGAAAAUAUCAACAAAAUGGGGAUUUACCAGCCCCAUUUUGUUGACAUAUGCUGAUUGUGGAUGGUUUAAAUUCAAUGGUCAAUAUCCUUGGGAUCAACGUCCAAAUGAACGUAUUUCAGCUGCUAUACUAAGAAAACUUCAGAAUCAACUUGAUAAUGUCAGCAAUAAAAAGUUAAAGGUUGUUUUACGAAAGCUUUCGCCUGAUUCAGCUAAGGAGUCAAAAAUGACGAUUCACUUGGGAGUUGAGGCCACUAAAGAUUUUAUAAUCCAUGAAACUAUCCUAGAAGAAGAUCCAUUUAUUGCAGGACAUAAUCACUUCUCUAACAGAUGUGAAUAUUGUACGCUUGAGCUCGUUGAAGAACCUGGUCAUCCAAGAUGUCCAGUCAAGUACCCUUGCCAUAAUUCUCAAUGUAAAGAGUUGUUUUGCAACCAGAAAUGUUACAAAUUAGCAAUGAAGCUUUAUCAUAAACAACUUUGUGGAAAGAGUAUUGAUACUAUCAUUCGUUCAGCACAGAGAGUUCGUCCAGGUUGGAACCAUAUUUUUAUUUUAGCAUUGAAACUUUUUGCUUUAGCUAAGAAACGGGACAUAAACCCAUUAGAGAUUGAAGAAAUUAGACAUCUUUCACGUCAACACGCAAGCUCAUAUUACGAAGGACAUCUUCCUUGGGAUAGUGAAUAUGAAAUAAUCUAUAUUGAAAUCUUAAAGCUUUUAGAAAUUUCUUUAUAUGAUCUACAAUAUGAUUUUUGGGUAUUUAUAACAUUGAUGGCGAUUCUUGGAGUGAAUGUAUUUAGUGGAGAAGGAAAUCCACGAAAUACUCACGGUAUUUUUCCAUUGACAUCUCUUUUUAAUCACAGUUGUAAUCCUUUGAUUACACAUAUGAAUGCAACAGAAAAAUACAUUAUGAAGGAUUUGGUUCAACAAUCUAUGGAACUGCGUCAAAAAUACAAGCAAAUUGGUUGCAAUUGCUUUCGCUUUACUACUAUCACCCUACAAAAUAUAAAGAAAGGACAAGAAAUUUUUACCAGUUACGUUGAUACAACAGAUGAUAAACAACAACGGCAAUCUAGGAUUUUAGAUAGUUAUGGAUUUAUAUGCCAAUGUGAUAAAUGUGAAGCUGAUCCUCAGAGUUAUUUUGGUACCCCGGCAGCUAUUUGCUGGAAUUUGCAUUAUUAUAAUGAUAAUGAUGAAUCAUUUUUCUCUCAAUUUGAAUGCUUAAACCUAAAAUAA